UCCAAAGGGGACGUGACAGGAGUUCCUUGUAGCAAGGGGACUCCCGUGACGCAUGUCCCCUUCGAAAAGCUCUCGACUUCACGCAGCCAAAGUGUCCCUCACAACACCCGAGUUACAGUCGUGGGGAAAUAUUAAGGCGGAAGGACGCGGCACCGGGUUCCUCAGAGUCUGAACUGGGAUCCUGAGCGAAUCCUAGGUUUGGGGGACAAGUCAAGGAGCAAGGUCGGAGAGCGGCUACUAGGGUGCCUCGCCCUUAGGGCGCAUUCGGGGCUCCGUUUCCUGAGAAGGUGCACCCGAAAAGAAGAGGUCUUAGUCUUGGGCAAGGGUGGACAAGCAUCAGCUGCAGUUUGAGGUGAGAGGACCCUCCUGAUGUUUUCUCUACUGAGUGCUCUGGCCUCAAUGGGGCCAUAUUUUGCCCCCCCAUUGGCUGCACUGACCUGCUGCCUGCUUCCUGCGGGCUGCUGUGUCAUAUGUGACUCUGAAGUCCUGGCGGCUCUAAAGUCCUUGAAGACGGAUUUCCUGCCUAACUUCCUGAAUCCUGAAGAAGUGAAACACAUGUAUGAUACGAUAGUGCGGACCGUGAAGGGAUUCUCGGAUCUACCAUAUAAUAAGAAAUCCUAUGUGGGGGCCAUUGAUGAGAAAACAUAUCGCAUCGUGACCAAGAGUUUCCUGAAGAGUCUGAAAAACAUCACAGACAGUAGAAUAAAAGGGAAGCAGAGUCUUGAGAAGCUGAAUGAGAUGUUUCGCAAUGAAAAGGUCACCUUUGCCUUCCACGCUGCUCAGUUUCAAAGACUGGUUCAUUGUCACAACAAAUGUGGCCUCAUGUUGCAGAAGUUGAUAUGGUGCGAUUACUGCAAUUUUCAGAUUCACAAGUGUUCGAAGCCCGUCGACUGUGGGGGUCGCAAUUUGGAGAUUCAUGAAUUGGAAGAAUUAAACUUGAACUGUCAUCUCGAUUGGCAUGAUAAUGCUUAUGGUCUCGCGGACUACACCUUUUAUAGGGUUUGGGAGAACAAUUCUGAAACCGAGCUGCACAAGGGGAAGGAUCCAGUACUGAACAAGCCCUCUGUGUCUCUGAGGGAUGCUGGCAACUACCGCUGUGUUCUGAGAAACACCCUCUUUGGCACUCCUUCCUCCAUCAUUCGUUUUCAUGUCACAGUGUUUCCCCGUGACCUUGAGGAGUGGAAGCCAUCGGGUGAUUUCGCCCAGAAUCAACCGAAUAAGGAGGAGGAGGAGGAAGAAACCCCGAGUCCAACAGAAGCGGAGCCCAUCGACACGACCACCCAGCCUUUGGAGAUCCAAAAUAUGCUACAAGGGCGCAUCAAUGGUCUGCUGAUCUGCUUCUCUAUAAUCCUGAUAGCAGCUCUUAUUUUCUGGCUACUCACCCGGAAAAAGAAGAAAACUAAAUCGAGGUCCUCGCGGGCCAGCAUCAGCAGUAAAGGUUCUAGGACAUCAAAGAGAACGUCUUCAAAAGGGAAGAAAUAAAGAUUUGUCUUUUCUAA